AUGGACGAUUCUGACUUUGAUUCUGAACUGUGGGUUAGCGGAGAGGAACUUGAUUACGACACAGAAGAUGAAAUUGCGCAGUACGCACCGAGGGUAGAAUCUGCCACGUUUUUCCAGCUCGAAUUAACCUUGGAUGCCGAAACUGGAGGCAAACCUGGGGAGAUUCAGCGGGAGGUGGCCACCGAAUUCUACGGUGGUCGGAAGAAGAGACCUGCCUUCAACGUCAGCGCUGUUGCCAAAGCCAUCAUUCACGGAACCCUGGACGAAACUUCAAAAAUACCAGCUACCCUCCUAGUAUAUGACUUCAAGUUUUUGUCGCACCGAUCCACACGCAUUAAGGAUGCCAGCAUCUCGUUUGAGUUUAAGGCGAAGAGAGGCAGCAGUAGCCUCGGACCAACCGUCAUCGCCGUCGCUCCCUACGCCAAACACAUUAUGCUGAGGACUACCGAAACCGUAACGAGAACCAUCAGUGGCGAUGCCGGAAUCCAAGGCGGAGCCGUUGUGACUGGGAAUGCCAAUGUGCAUGUUGAAAAGACGGUUGAGAAGGUCACAACCCACGCAGCUGAAGUUGUGGGAGAUAAUCCCGCCGACGAAUGGAGCAACCGUUUUCUUGCCCAGUGGUCUCUAUCAGAGAAUACUUCGCAAAUGAGCGGCAUAGUAUCGCUUUUCAGAGCUUGUAUCCUUCUCACGCGCGACAACGACGAAGAGUUCUACCUUUAUCCUACUGUUCAAGUGAAGCCCGACUUGAAGAGCCAACUGAGAGUACCACUCUGGGGAUUUCGGCGGCCUGAUGAUCCCAUCAGGAUUGUCCCGGCAAGCACUUCACUCAACAGGCUGGAAGGUAAUCUCAUCUCAAGUUCUCACUUGAGCUCUGGUAUAAAUAAUCUGUGGGACUGUACCUUUUACUCUACAUUUGACGAUGCCAUCAAGGCUUCGAAGCCCCAAGUUCUAACUCAAGAUGGUGCUGAACAAUCUGUGAUGACAGUUGUCAAAGAAAUCAAGUCAGCAGUACCUUAG